ACAACAAUAAGAGGUAUAAGAGUGGGUAUAAGAGGCGAAGUUUGUUUCGCGUAAUUUUCUAAAUUUUUCAUGGCUGUAAAAUGCAGAACUCCAAGGCUAAAAUGGAGGAGCUUAAGUCAAAGUUCAUGGACUUACUGCACAAACAAACGCAUCGCCAAAUGAUUCCAGCAAUGGGUUACUCAGACUAUUUCAUACAGACAGUAACAACAGAUGCCCUGCCCACUACUACAAAUGCAUCUGCAACUGACAGCGCUGAGGUGAACGAGACAGAUGCAGACAGCGCGCAAAAAUCAGAUCAGGAAAUACUGGAAAGUAUAGAGGAACGUUAUUAUAACGUAGAUUGUAAUCCGGGACUGUAUGAACUACAGAAAGUUCUCAACGAUGGCAUUGAUAGUCAGCUUAUUGAGACGACCAUAGCACAAUUGCGCACGCAGCAAAAGGUUCUUACCAAGCAAGUGCUGCAAAACAUAUUAGAGCAGCGUAAUGCGUGCAGUAGCGAAUUCCAAGCCAUAAAUGAAACGCAGAAAAAGCUCGAAGAGUCACUGUGGACAUGCCAAAAAGCGCGAUCCUAUUUAAAUUAUGCACGCACAAACUUAACAACCACUAGCCUGGAGAUAUUGGCAAGCUAUCGCAAGCGUGAAGUGCUCAAAGAAGUGCUAGAUACGCUGCUAGCAAUAAAAAAACUGCGCACAACAGAUGAGGAAUUGCAAAAAUUGCUCGCUGAUCAUAAUUAUUCAGCAGCCAUUGCACUACUGCUGCAGUGUCAGAGCUCCGCAGCUGCCUUCAUGCAGUACAAUUGCAUAGCUUCGUUGCACAAAAAGCUGCAAGAGACAAUGUUAUUGAUGGAAUAUCAGCUGGACACAGUGCUCAACGAAAUGGUGCUAAAUUUUGACACUCGAAAGUACGCGAAACUACAAGAGGCCUACAAACUGGCCAAUAAAUCUCUUAUGGCCAUGGAUCAGCUUCAUAUCAAUUACAUUUCGGCCAUACAUACGACUGUGAAUUCGGUGCUGCGUGGUUAUAGUGAGCCCAGCAAUGCGGAAGAGCAGCCCAAGCCACUAUUUGAACAACUCUGCGAGCAGCUAAAUGCGGAUAAGGUUAUACCCUGCCUGAUAAGCUUGUGCAAGACCUUUUGGACCAUACUGGCCUCCUACUAUCAGGUAGUAAUGUGGCAUAACAACUACAAGCUCUAUACACAACAGGAGCUCACAGAAAGCGAAUCUCCAGAUGUCUAUAUACAGCAAAAAUUAAAGAAAGGUCAAUCGCGCAUUUGGAACGAUAUACUUAACAAAGUGUGUCUGUUUCUGCAGAGCGCCAAGUUGACAGCACUCAAGUAUGAUCAGUUUAUACAAGUGCUGUCCAUUGUGCAGCGUCUAAAAAAAGUGGGCAUGGAGUUUUGCAGCGAGCAGUCGGAGAAACUAAUUGCGACUAUGCAACAGCAAAGCGAGGAUUUCUUUAGACGCUAUCACAUCUGUUGUAUAGAGGAAAUUUGCCUAUUUCUGGACAAUGAGUCCUGGACGCCACUGGAUUCAUUUUCGCACAUUUUGCAGUUGCCCGAAUUUCGUUCAGUGCGUCACACACUGCGACGCCACAAGUCACCGACGACAGCACUGCUGCCGUCCUCCAACAACUCGCCCAUUAGUAACAAUAAUUGUGAUGAGCUGGUCUCUGUGCACUCUCAAGAUGGCGGUGGCAGCUCUAUCUAUGGUUCCUACGGCUAUUUUUUGCGCUUCUCGGAGAAGAGCUCACCAUUUGAUGGCGGCUUGGAUGCGGCUAUGCUAGAGGAGGACAUACUCUCUGGAAUUGUGGAUGAGGCAUCUUGUUACUUUAGUGAAGAAAGCGAUGACGAGCAAAAGAGUUUGCAGAGCAAAGAAUUUGGCGAGGAGUCUAACAAUCAACUGCUGGUAAACAAUACAGCAUUGAAUGUUUUACGCUGCAUUGGACGCUAUUUACAAAUGUGCAAACUGCUGCACUGCAUCUCGCCGCAGAUUGUGAACUGCAUGCUGGAGCUGCUAGAUUUUUACGCCUAUGCAGUACAUGAGAUAUUUGGCAAGGAUGCUCUUGUUGCCAUGGACAAUCUUUAUACGCCGCGUUUGGAGCAGCGCCUGCGCUCAGUAGAGUCUAAUGUACUGCCUCAAAUUAAAGUUUGGCCAUUAAACUUUUCCUCGCUGACCAACAAUGAGCUGGCGAAUCCGGACACACUUUAUGGACUGUCACAGCGCAUUGUUGCGCUUGAGGCGGGGCGCAGCAUGGUGCAGCAAUUUCAAAUAUUGCAACACUAUCUGAAUCAUUUGCUGCCUGUUGCUGAGCGGCCCGCUCUAAACAACUAUCUCGAAUAUAAUGAAUUUAUGGCUGAACUAGCCAAGCCUAUAUACACCUGCGUCACUUCGCGCGUUAUUGAUUUGUCAUCUAUACUGGCGCAAAUCGCCAAAGUCAAAUGGGAUGUGAAUCAUGUAACACAUCAGCAUAGCAGCUACAGUGAUGUCUUAAAUCGGAACAUACAGAGCUUUGCAAUGUGCCUAGAGGAAAUAGCCAAGGAGGUGCCUAUACCCACAAAACUGGUGUGGAGCUCUAUGGCCCAUGUAGCCACACAUUUGCUCGUCGAAGGUUUCUCCAAUGUAAAAAAAUGCUCACCGGGUGGACGCGCCUUGAUGCAACUGGAUUUUGCAAAUUUUAUGUCAUUCCUUGAACUUAUCUCAAAUCAAAAAUAUCCUCAACAUCGCAUCUAUGUGGAUGUCUUUAUUAAAUCGUAUUAUUUUGCGCCCGAGCAGUUUGAGCAGUGGAUUGAACAGCAGCGUGAAAGCGACGAGUACUCGGCCAAGCAACUGACGAAUCUGAUACAAUGCAUUUGUGUCAGUGAUAAGCGUACACGACAGCGGCUUUUGCAAUUGCUGGAGGGCGGAGCAGGAAACGCAGCUGUGACGCCCAACAAUACGCCGCUGAAAAAUUCUUCUAGCUCCAAUUUGAGCAACGUUAUUUAAAUUUGUUGCUAAUAUUUAUUAACCAAUUGUAUAAUUUAUAUUUUGUUGUUGUAAUUUGUAAAGUCUUGUGUACAUUCUUUAGAAUAUUGAAUUGUUUACAUUCCAUUUAGUGCAAAUUGUCUUAACAUUAUGCUUAAGUUGAUUCUGUUUUUUAGUUACCUAAGCGAUCUCUAUGAUGUACUUCGAUUUGAACUUUGAAUCUUUAAGCAACGCUGAAAUCUCUCUAUUCAAAUAUGCAACACGCUCUCUCUACUUAUAAAGCAUGCACAAAAUGUUAUAUUAUGAUCUAAUUGGUAUACCCAAAAAAAAAAUGAAUUGCGUACCUAGAGAAAACAUAUACACAAAACUAACGUAUUAAGCAAAGCCAAUAUACAAAUAUUUAUUUUAAUAUCCUUAGUACAUACACAUAUAUAAUGUUUAUUUGCGAAACAGACAAAUAAUUGUAAUAAAAGCGCAACUAUAUUUCACUAAAUCUCAAUCAGCGCUAUUGAGAACACUAACCACACAUAGAGACAUUCACAUUUGCUGUCUAGUGUUAUGUGAAAAAAUGUAACCCAUAUUAACAAACUAAUAAAGAGUAAAUAUUUUGAGA